ACAUAACUAAAUCUAGACCAAUGGUUGCCUGUGGAGACCCUGAAGAGACAAGCCCCAAUGGAAGAUUUAUACGAUGCAAGAGGCUCAUUUCAUGUCUGUAUUUUCGGUCUCUUAUACUCUUCUGUUUUUGCGCCACUUCUUCCCAGCAUGUUCUUGUGCCUUGUUUUGUUUCUUUGGUUAAUUUUGCUGUUAUUGUAACUGUAGGGGGCACUGUUGCCUUAAAAUGAACAAUGCUAAACUACUACACACAGGGAGAAGGAACAACCACAUUGGUCAGAAACUUAUUGUCCAGCUCCAGCAGUCAUCAGGCGAGGUACAUCCUGGACAGGUCUCAAGUCCAUUCCAGGCCACAGAGAGACAUCCACACUCACUUCCUGUGGGACACUAAUCAGCCUGUCUGAUGCUGGGAUAGCAGCUGGGAGAAGACUGGAAUGUUCAGUCAAACAGCAUCUCAAUCUAAAGGUUUGUUUCUCAGAGGGGCUCACAGCUAAUCAGAGCAACAUGCUGGAAGUCAUCUAUCAGUCCCCCACUUCAGUCUCCCUGUUGGGGCUGCUUUUUGCUCUGCUGCUCCUCCGCCUUCUUUACUCCAGCCUCAGCUCCCGUGGAGAACCUCCAGGACCCAGAGGGCUUCCUCUGAUUGGUAAUCUGUUUCAGGUGGAUCUGAAGAGACUGGACCAGAGUCUGUUUAAUUUAUCCAAAAAAUACGGACCAGUUUUCCAAGUCUACUUUGGACCACAGAAGGUGGUGGUUCUGACCGGUUACAGGACAGUCAAACAGGCUCUGGUCAACCACGCUGAGGAAUUUGGGAAUAGAGAUAUCACUCCAAUUUUCUACGAUUUCCACCAGGGGCAUGCAAUUCUGUUUUCCAACGGAGACUCAUGGAAAGAAAUGAGGCGUUUUGCUCUGACAACUCUGAAACAGUUUGGAAUGGGCAGGAAGAUGAGUGAAGAGAGGAUUACAGAGGAAUGCCAGUAUCUGAUUAAAGAAUUCACGCAGUUCAAAGGAAAGCCCUUCAAAAACUCUCAGGCCAUCAACUACGCUGCUUCCAAUGUGAUAGCAGCUUUGUUGUUUGGGAAGAGGUUUGAUUACCAAGACCCGGUGUUUCAGGAUAUGGUGAACAGAGACAAUGAGACUGUUAAUCUGAUUGGAUCAACUUCUAUCAUGAUUUACAACCUUUUUCCUCAACUGGGCCCUUUCCUUAAAAAUUGGAGGGACUUGAUAAGGAAGAGGGAUCUCGGUAUGAGGGACCUAAGGAGCAUUAUAUCAGACCGGAAGGAGACUCUGGACCCUGAGAUGUGCAGAUGUUUCAUUGAUGCAUUCCUGAUGCAUAAAAAACAUCUGGAGGAUUCAGGGGGCUGUAUUUCCCUCUAUCAUGAUGACAACCUGCUCUGCUGCGUAGACGAUAUAUUUGCUGCUGGGACUGAUACCACAGCAGUCACACUGAAGUGGAGUCUCCUUUAUAUGGCCAGGUUUCCACACAUUCAAGAUCGGGUCCAGGAGGAGCUGAGCAGGGUGGUUGGAAGCCGGCAGGUUCAGAUAGAGGACAGGAAGAACUUGCCGUACACUGAUGCUGUUGUCCAUGAGACUCAGAGAAUGGCUAACAUCGCCCCCUUGGCGCUUCCUCACACCACAAGCAAAGACGUCACGUUUCAGGGCUACUCCAUCAAAAAGGGAACAACGGUUUUCCCUCUUCUCACAUCUGUCCUGUAUGAUGAGAGCGAGUGGGAGAGUCCUCGCAGUUUUAACCCUUCUCAUUUCCUCGAUAAAAAUGGUAAAUUCAUCAGGAGAGAUGCCUUCAUGCCCUUUUCUGCAGGUCGCAGGGUAUGUCUUGGAGAAAGCCUGGCUAGAAUGGAGAUCUUCCUGUUCUUCACCUCUCUCCUUCAGCAGUUUUCUUUCACUGCUCCACCUGGAGUUUUGGAAGAUGAUCUGGAUCUGGAACCAGUUGUGGGUUUGACCCUUGCUCCUAAACCUCAGAUGAUGUGUGCCGUUAGCAGGGGCGUAGCACCAAAUUGUGACGCGAGGACUCAGGAGAAGUUUACAAGGAAGAAGAACAUGUUGGAAGUCAUCUAUCAAUCCCCCACUUCAGCCUCCCUGUUUGGCCUGGUUGUUGCUCUGCUGGUCCUCCACCUUCUUUUCUCCAGCUUCAGCUCCCAUGGAGAACCUCCAGGACCCAGAGGCCUUCCUCUGAUCGGUAAUCUGUUUCAGGUGGAUCUGAAGAGACUUGACCAGAGUCUGUUUAAUCUGUCUAAGAAAUAUGGACCAGUUUUCCAGGUGAACUUUGGACCACAGAAGGUGGUGGUUCUGGCUGGCUACAGGACAGUCAAACACGCUAUGGUCAACCACGCUGAGGAAUUUGGAAACAGAGACAUCACACCAAUUUUUCGUGAUUGGACACAUGGACAUGGUAUUAUUUUCUCUAAUGGAGAUUCGUGGAGAGAGAUGAGGCGUUUUGCUUUGACAACACUGAAGGACUUGGGAAUGGGCAGGACGAUGAGUCAAGAGAUAAUCCUACAGGAAUGUCGCUACCUGAUUAAAGAACUUGAACAGUUUGGAGAUAAAUCUUUUGAAUUGGUGCAAGUCACCAUCAAAAUUCAAUUAAUGGAUUUCCUCUAUUUAAAAAACCAAGAGGUUGGUAAUGACUUUGUUCUGAAUAUUGUUGCAGAUAAAGCUUUCACAGAUGACCUGGCCAUCACUUGUGCCGUUUCAAAUGUUAUAUCAACUCUAAUGUAUGGAAAGAGAUUUGAUUGCACAGACAAAGUCUUCUGCGAUACGUUGGAAAGAGAAAAUAAGACCGUUCAUCUGAUUGGAUCUGCUUCCAUCAUGAUUUACAACAUAUUUCCCUGGCUGGGCUAUUUCCUUAAGAACUGGAGGGAUUUGAUGAAGAAUAUGGCAAAAGAUAAGUUGGUCAAAGAGAAGAUAAUAACAGACCUGACGGAGACUCUGGACCCUGAGACGUGCAGAUGUUUUGUUGAUGCUUUUCUGAUCCGUAAGAAACAACUGGAGGAUUCCGGUAACUACAAUUCCCACUACCAUAAGGACAACCUCUUCUACAGUGUGGACAAUCUGUUUGCUGCUGGGACUGACACCACAGCAGUCACAAUCAGGUGGGGUCUCCUCUACUUGGCAAAGUUUCCUCACAUUCAAGAUCGGGUCCAGGAGGAGCUGAGCAGUGUAGUUGGAAGCCGGGAGGUUCGUAUAGAGGACCGAAAGAACUUGCCGUAUACUGAUGCUGUCAUCCAUGAAACUCAGAGACUGGCUAACAUCGUCCCCAUGGCUCUUCCUCACACCACAAGUACAGACGUCACUUUUCAGGGCUACUCCAUCAAAGAGGGAACCACUGUUGUUCCUCUUCUUACUUCGGUCCUGUGUGAUGAGAGUGAGUGGGAGACCCCUUACAGUUUCAACCCGUUUCAUUUCCUGGAUAAGGAGGGUAAAUUCAUCAGGAGAGAUGCAUUCAUGCCCUUUCUGGCAGGUCGGAGGGCGUGUGUAGGGGAAGGUCUUGCAAAAAUGGAACUUUUCUUGUUCUUCGCCUCCCUCCUUCAGAAUUUUUCUUUCUCUCCCCCACCUGGAGUUUCAGAAGAUGAUCUGGAUCUGGAACCAGCUGUUGGUUUGACCUUUCCCCCCAAACCUCAACAGCUAUGCGCCAUUUCUCGUCACUGAGGAUCAGUCGGACUUGACUUUGUUCCGGUUUUUUAGAAAUCUUAAUUUACUUUUAACGGGGUUGGAAGAUUUAAAAUUCAUUUUCUGCAGAUAAAAUUCUUCACUGCACACAGUGUUGCUUAGCAAUUCUGCUAACACUUCAGUUCUGCACCAGCUGAAAACAUCAAAGUCAUGUGUUAAUCCUAUGUCUCAGUUCCAUUUUAAUUUCCUUUUUUGUUAAAUAUUUUUCUGUUGAAUACUGUAAAAUAAUAAACUCGUCUCAAGGCACUUCAGAGUAAACAUU